AUGAGAAUCCUCAGAUUCACCAGAACCCUCCUGAAGUCCGCCGUGACCAUCAGCGAGGAGAUCCGCCUGGCACUAGCUGAAAAAUCCAAACCGGUCGUCGCCUUGGAAUCCACAAUUAUCACCCAUGGCUUUCCUUACCCUGCCAAUCUCGAGAUGGCCAGAAAGGUCGAGGAAGCAGUCCGCCAUUCAGGUGCUGUUCCAGCCACGUGUGCUUUUAUCGAAGGAAAACCGCAUGUGGGGCUUUCAGACACCCACUUGGAGCAGAUGGCCACGCUGAAGGCCGUCAACAAGGUCUCCAGAAGAGACAUUGGCGUCACUAUGGCCAAGGGCCUCAAUGGCGGUACUACAAUCGCUGGAACGAUGAUCUUGUCACAUUUGGCGGGAAUCAAGGUUUUUGCCACGGGAGGACUAGGUGGCGUUCACAAGGACGGACACAUCACCAUGGACGUUAGCGCUGAUUUGACGGAAUUGGCCAGAACCCCAGUCAGUGUGGUGUGUUCAGGCCCCAAGCUGAUUCUCGACAUUGCACGGACCAUGGAGUACUUAGAGACGCAGGGCGUGUUUGUGGCGACACUCAAUGACGAUAAACGCAGCAGGGUCGAGAUUCCAGGCUUCUUUUGCAGAGACCUGGGUGUAUUAUCACCAUAUGAGGUUUCUUCAUGGAAAGAGGCAGCGUCCAUUGUGCACCAGGCCAACAACGUCAUGGGCCUUACUUCUUCGAGCUUGUUCUGUGUGCCUCCUCCAGCAGACGUAGCGCUUUCCAGCGACUUUAUCGAUAAGGUGAUUGAGGAGGCUACAGCCAAAGCAGCUGAACAAAGAAUUCUGGGAAAACACUUGACGCCGUUUUUGUUGAAGAGCGUCGCCGAGGCCCUGGAAGGCAAAUCCGUCCAGUGCAACAAGGACUUUGUCAUAAACAAUGCCAUCGCAGCCAGCCAUUUGGCCAAAGAGCUUCUCGAUCUCGAGAACGGUUCAACGAGCUUUGUCCCCUCGACCAGCAUCAAGCCAGUUAAUGAGGAAAGAGUGGAGAAGACUCCCUCAACGACUUCGAGGAGCUUUCCAGAUAAAGUGGAGACCCUCAUCAUCGGCCUGGUUGCUCAGGACACCAUCAGUGUUCUAGACAAAAAAGCGUCCAUGGGUGAUUCUAACCCCGGAAAGCUGCGUUCUUCAAUUGGCGGAGUGGGUUUCAACGUUUCUUUGGCACACAAAUACGCAUCGAACUCAACCUAUAGGUUUGUUUCCGUAGUAGGAGACGACUUUGCUGGAAAACUGCUUCUCAACGAAUUGGAGAAAACACACGGCGAUGUAAGCGGCAUCAAGGUGGAGCCUUCAUCCUUGACAGCACAGUACACUGCCAUGCUUGAUCCGCAGGGAGAGCUUCUUUUGGCUUGUGCCGAUAUGUCUAUUUUUGAAGAAACAGCGGUUCUGUCGUUUUUGAAAGAGCAGGUCUUAAGGGCCCAGCCGGAGACCAUAGUGGUUGACUGCAACCUCUCAUCGGAAGUUUUGAGUCUGUUGCUUGAAGUUGUCAAAAAGGACUUGGGAUACCAGCCUAAGCUUAUAGUUGAACCAACCUCAGGACCCAAACUGGGCCGAAUUGCACAGGUGAACACACGGAAUUUGGGCAUUUUCCCAAAAAACACUAUAUCCAUGAUCACGCCGACCGUUGCUGAACUCGAAAACAUCCAUUCGAACUUCAGCCGUCGGGAGUUGUUUGACGAUUACGAUGAAUGGUUUCCAGCACUCGACUCCCUCGGCAUCAACUCCCAGUUCAGAGAAAAACUAGCAGUCCAGGCCAACAAGCACGAUGUUCUCAAGCUUCUUAUGGAAAAAGGCGUGGUCCAGCAGUGUCUCCAGCUUGUGCCCUACAUCCCCAAUAUUGCCGUGAAGCUAGGCAAGAAGGGCGUGGUUUUGGUCAAAUUGAGCACCGAUGUGGAUAGCUACAAAUCGAUUCCUACUACUUCCCCACACGCUCCAGCUUUUAUUUACACAUCCCAAGGACAGGUGGUGGAGGAUCAGAGGGUCGGCGUGGUUAUAGAGUACUUCCCCAUUCCACCAGAAAACGAGAACCUCAAAGUGGUCAAUGUGACCGGCGCUGGAGACACCUUUCUUGGAGUUCUUUCGUCCUACAUUUCCAAAAACGACUGGCUCGGUUCCGAGGUAAAAAAUAUCGAACAGGAGUGGGCCAUGUGGGAGAGCUUCUACAAUGCUCAGGUAGCCAGUGGACUCAGCAUCCAGUCCCACGAGGCCAUCAGCCCGCAAAUCAAGCAGCUCCAGCAAAAAGAAAAUUGA